AUGACUGGUUUGGCUGCAGUGGUCAAUGUUUGCCCUUGUUUGCCAAAAACUUUGUUUCAGAGCGAGGAAGAGAAGCAGGAGCAAAUUGAGGUCCAGAAGGAAAAGCAAAGAGAGCUGAUCUUGCAGCUCAAGACGCAGCUGGAUGACCUGGAGACGUUUGCUUACCAGGAAGGCAACUAUGAUUCUCUGCCACAGUCUGUGGUCAUGGAAAGGCAGCGGAUGAUUAUAGAUGAGUUAAUAAAGAAGCUGGACAUGGACUUGAAUGAAGAUAUUGCAAUGCUCUCUCCAGAGGAGCUGCGACAGCGUGUGGACACUGCCAUAGCACAAAUUGUUAAUCCAGCCAGAGUGAAGGAGCAGCUGGUGGAACAACUCAAGACGCAAAUAAGGGAUCUUGAAAUGUUCAUCAACUUCAUUCAGGAUGAAGUUGGGAGCCCCGGUAAGGCAGAAGAUGGGCACUGUGACUGUUCAGGCAGAAAAGAUGGCAGUGGCUCUUACAAAGCGAAUUCACGAUCUUCUGGAAAUAGAGUGAAUCCAGAAGAUGCAAGAAAGAUGCGAGAAACUGGCCUGCACCUCAUGCGUCGCAUGCUUGCCGUCCUGCAGAUAUUUGCUGUGAGUCAGUUCGGUUGCGCUACUGGUCAGAUUCCUCGCACACUCUGGCAGAAGGACCAGGCUGACAAGGACUAUUCCCCCUUGAUCAAGAAACUCGAGCUGUCCGUGGAGCGCGUGAGGCAACUGGCAAUGAAACAGCAGCAGGAAGAUCACGUUAUCAGCUACUCCAGCAUGCAGGACAUUCCCUUAGGAGGGAGGGAUGAGCUGACUCUCGCUGUGCGGAAGGAGCUGACCAUCGCUCUGCGAGACCUCAUGGCUCAUGGGCUCUACGCCUCCUCUCAAGGCAUGAGCCUGGUGCUGGCGCCCAUCGCAUGCUUAAUUCCUGCGUUCACCUCAUCACCACAGACCAUGCACCCCUGGGAACUCUUUGUCAAGUACUACAACGCUAAGAAUGGACAGGCCUUCGUGGAAUCGCCGGCUCGAAAGCUCUCCCAGUCCUUUGCCUUGCCUGUGACAGGAGGAGUUGCCGUUACCCCCAAACAGAGCCUGUUGACAGCGAUUCACACGGUCCUCACCGAGCACGAUCCUUUCAAGCGCAGUGCGGACUCUGAACUGAAGGCCCUCGUGUGCAUGGCAUUAAACGAGCAGCGUUUGGUCUCCUGGGUAAACUUGAUCUGCAAAUCUGGAGCUCUGGUGCAAUCUCACUACCAGCCAUGGAGCUACAUGGCGAACACGGGCUUUGAGAGUGCGCUCAACAUCCUCAGUCGCCUGAGCAACUUGAAGUUCAGCCUCCCAGUUGACCUGGCUGUCCGGCAGCUGAAAAACAUCAAAGAUGCUUUUUGAUGUGUUUUUACUGAGAUCAUCCACAUUCCCUAAGUAGGCAGCUGCUGGGUUCAGGAAGCCUGGCUUUUUUAAAAAAAACAUAUUUGGCUCUUCGAAAUUG